AUGCCAGAGACAACAGGGACAUCCGACCGGGCAGGAAAUGCCCGUCAAUACCAAUGUCAGGCUUGUUUGGAUGCCAAUAAAGAGUGCGAUCUCGAAACACUUGCAAUUACAAUGUAUCCAGAGUUAUUCCCUCCGUCUCAGCCGACACCGCAGCGUGAAAGAGUCCGAGCCCGUCUGCCGCACACACAGCCAUCAGAGCACUACCAUCAUCACCAGAGCACGCAGAGCGGCGCUGCUCUCCAUUUAUCGGCAGGUGGCCAAGACGUGUCGUAUUCGCCUCGCUCCAAGAGUACCCCGCCGUGCCCGCCGCAGGAAGGGUCGGAGAUGAUCCUCGUACGAUUGAUGGAUACGCAGCAGGACAAGGAUGAACUUGACCAGCCGACCAAAACGACCGACCGAGUCCUGUAUUUUGGAGACGAAUCGAUCUGGUCUGAUAGCCUCCGAAGAGCUCGGAGCAGCAAAUCCAAAUCUCGUUAUCCCGCAAGCCCACAGCUCCUGAGCGCCCGAUCAUUGGUGGACAGUAACAACAUCCAUUAUGCUGUGCCGCCAACGGUCAGGGACCAGCCGCAGGAUAUCCCACAGGAUGACAUCGACGUGCAGCAGGAGGAAAUCAAGCUGCUACAGAAGAAAGGGGCCUUUUCCCUGCCACCUCCCGACAUCCAACGGAAACUCCUCGACGCGUAUUUCACCUGGUCGUAUCCCUUGCAGCCCAUCCUCGACAAAGAACAGUUUCUCGACGACUUUGACAGGGGCCAAGCACCCAUCAUCCUCGUCCAAGCGUUAUUGUUCGCCGGCACCACGUGCUGCGACGAGAGCAUCAUCAUACAAUUCUGGCCGAGUCGCCGCGCCGCCCAAUCGACCCUGUACAAGCGGGUGAGGGCGCUGUACGACGCGGACCACGAACAGAAUCGCGUCACCAUCGUCCAGGUCCUCUUCCUCAUGUGUUUCUGGUGGGGGAGUCCCAUGGACAAAAAGGACUUUAGCCACUGGUUGGCGGCGUCUAUCCAUCUGGCCCAAGUGACGGGCAUGCAUCGGUCGUAUGGUCAUACACAUCACCGUGAAAGAAAACCGAAAUAUUGA